AUGGCUGCUCGCUCCAGCUCUCGCCUCCUCGCGCUCGCCGGCAGGGCGGUGUCCGCAAGGCUCGCCCCCGCUGCGCCAGCAUCCGCGCUACUUGCGGAGAAUGUCGCCCGCGGAUUCGCUACUGCUGCUCCUGCUGAAGAGGACGUGGUGAAGGCGGCGUUUAUCAAGCAGCAGGCGUCGUUCAGGUCGUAUCUGGAAGGUCUCAAGAAGGUUCCCAUCCCCAUGGACGCCGCUGACGACAAGGCCACCAAAGCGUAUGCCGCUGCUGUCAAGAACAUCCGUGAGAGCCUGGGCAUCCCUUCAUUCACUGAGAAGCUCUCCAACCUUCUGGAGUCAGCAGAGGAGGACUCGCGGGACGUGCGCAGCUUCCUGGAAGAAUCCCGCAUCAUCCGCAGGCAACUGGGAGUGGAGGACAAGCUAGGAGCGGAGAAGCUCAUGUUUGCAGCUCUGGACAGCGUUGAGAAGAAGCUGGGGAAGGCGCUGGUGGGGGAUGAUGCCAAGGGCAUGGCGAUGUUUCAGGAGGAGGUCAACGCCAUCAACAAGAAGCUGGGCUUGAAGGACAGCGAUUUGGAGCCGUUGGAGCAGCAGCUGGAGACGAGCAUGGCCAAGACGGACAUUGCUGCCUUUGCCAACGAGGCAACGGAGAAGAUCGGCACGUACAAGAAGAGGGACGGCCUGGAGGACAUCCAGGUGGAUCUCAAGACCCUGGAUCCCAAAGCUUACAUCGGGUUGCUACUAGUGGCGAGAGUGCUGUUGCUGGUUGGGAUCGACAGUCAUGCCUCGGCUCAGAAGCUAUGCCUCGACUCUUCGCAACCGCAGACCCCGAAGGAUCAGCUGCAGAUCUGCCGGCAGUACAACAACGAGAGCUGCUGCACGAACGAUCGGAACGUGGAAAUCGCGAAGAAUCUGCUCAACUAUAGCAACGCCAUGGGCAACAACCCCGGCGCCAAGAACUGCCUCCGCGCGCUGGAACUAGUGCUCUGCGCCGAGUGCGACCCCUACGCCUCCCAGGUGUACCGGCGCGACCACACAGGGCGCUACGCGGACGUGCCCUACCUCUGCACGGCCCAGUCCAACCGCGACCCUGUUGAGACGCAGCCCUUCUGCUCCACUGUCUGGGACGUCUGCGGCAUGGUCGCCAUGCCCUUCAAUCCCUUCGUUGCCACCAAUGACCCUCGCUACAUCUCGCUUUACGACGUUUACUUAACUAAGGGCGAGUUUUGCCGAAGAUUUAUGCCUCCGAAUAAGAACCCUGGCGACGGGCCGAAGAUUUGCUACCGGGGUAAACCGGUGGAUUACCCGGAUGAGUUUGGGGAGGAUGUGCUUCCGCCCGUUAGUAACAUGUGUGUGGAGCAGAUUGGGUUGAGUACUAAGAAUGACAAGAGCGAGGAGAAUAGUUACUAUGUUGCCAUGACACCACAUCCGGACCAAUCGCGGCGCGCGUUUUUCCUGGAGCGUGCGGGCAGGUUGUUUCUUUACAAUCUGCCCGAGCCGGGGUCGUCAGACCAGCUUCCUUCCGAUGGGGGCUCCCCGUUUCUCGACAUCAGUGGCUUGGUGGCGCAGGGCGCAGAGCAGGGAGCAGUGGGGAUCGCCUUUCACCCGGACUACCCCAGCAACGGCCGCCUCUUUGUGUCCUUCACCUGCGACUCGUCAGUCACCCCUGACUGCAAGGCUGCUAUGUGCGGGUGCUACGAUGCUGUGAACUGCACGGCAGACAAGGUCAAGGCAACCAAUCCGGACGGCCGGUGGGGCACGGGGGACCUGUGCAGGAAUGUGACGGUCGUGGCUGAGUUUUCUGCGUGCAGUGACACCCUCUGCACGCCUUCUAAGAUCUCCAAGCGCACGGCCAUAGAGGCCACGAUAGUGCGCUACAUAGUGCGGCUGGGGCAGCCCUUCAUCAACAACAACGGAGGGCAGAUCCGCUUCGGCGCGGAUGGCAUGCUCUACGUCAUGGUGGGGGAUGGAGGGGGAGAGCUCGACCCCCUGGGCCUGGCGCAGAACCCCAAGGCGUUUCACGGGAAGGUCUUGAGGCUGGACGUUCUCAAUGGGAUCAGUCAGCCAGGCGAGGAUGAGAUUAGGAGCAGGGGCCUGCUGGGGGCGUACGGCAUUCCCCCUGACAACCCCCAUGCGUUCGACUGGGACUGGCGCGGGGAGGUGUUCGCGCUGGGCUUCCACAACCCCUGGAAGUGCACCUUCGACCUGCUCAGACCCUCCGUCAUGAUGUGCGGGGAUGUCGGAUGGACCAAGUGGGAGGAGGUCGAUGUGGUAACCAGCGGUGCUAACUACGGGUGGAAGUGGUACGAGGGUCGGGAGUAUGCCAAUGCUAGCGAGCCUCGGCCCGUGCCGAGCCAGAAGCUGCCAUCUUUCCAAUAUGUGUGGAGCAACACUACCAGCGUGGUUGGAGGGUUCUAUGCAAGAGGAUACGAGGACGCGUGCUUGUAUGGAAGGUACCUUUUCAGUGACAGGAACAACCAAUUCUACGUGGCUACAGAGAAUCCCCCUUAUAGUGGCUACUUCCCGCUCGGACAAAAGUUCCCGCCUGGCCCCGAUCCUCGUGUUGAUCCUGCGUCAGAUCUGACAGUUCUGACCACGUAUGAUGCAAAUGCCGCUCCGCUUCCCCCAGCCGGAGGCGGAGGUUCGGGAGGAGCAGGCUCGGGAUCCAUGCCUCCUACCACAGCUGGCAACAGCAGCAGCAGUAGUGGCGGCACUAGCAGUGGUGGAACCACCAGCAGUAGCCCCAGUAGCAGCAGCAGCAGUAGUAGCAGUAGUAGCAGCAGUAGCAGCACAACAACAGUGCAGAACACGUCCUAUUGGCUGAAAGUGGGCGGCAUCGUUCUGGGGCUUCUCCUGUUUGUCGUCGCGAUCUGCUGCUUCUGCCUGAUUCGCGGAUACCGUGAGGGCAAGGAGAAAGACGAGGCAUUUCUGGAAUACCAAAUGGCUGACAUGCAGCAGCCGUUGCAGGGAGAGGGGGACGACGAUGCUUAUUAUGACGAAGAAGGGAAUUAUAUUGGGCCAGACGGGGAGGAGGAUGAGGUGUACGAUCCGGACGCGGUGGACGAUGAUGGUACUGGGAUGUACUAUAAUGAGGAUGGGGAUGAGAUGGGGCAUCAUGGCGAUGGGGAUACAGUGAUGGAUGAUGGAGCGACCGAGUAUGGUCAGAGGAGUGUGCAUAGUGGGUAUGGUGGGGAUGGGGGGUAUGCGGAGAGUGAGGUAGGGUCGGAGUAUCCGGGGCAGGGGUAUGGGGGGUAUCAGGGAGGCGGCGUGAGGGGGGAUGGGAUGUCGGAUGUUCAGUCCGAGUAUACGGCGCAAGAUGAUUGGACGGAUGGAGGCUCGUAUUACGAUCGCCGCUGA